AUGCGAUGUGCUGCCGAAGCAGCAAGAAAAGCGAUUGCACGCAUGCUUGCAGCCGAAGAGAAUUCUUCUUUUGCUUCAGCAGCAGGUGGUCCUUCGUCCGCUGUCGCUAUUCAGCAACAGGCGGUUCCUGUUGCGAACAGUCCACGUGGUGAGUCAUCACGUGCGACAGGUACAUCUGCUGCGUCUGCAGCGGGUACCUCGAAUCUUAAUCAAGACGAGUCUGUGAUAGAGCUUAUCAAUUCCGGCGAGUCGGAUGAUGCAUCCGUCUCGAAGGCGACACCUCACGCCCUCCGGAUCAUCUGGGGGGGUGGACCGCACAAGGAGCCAGAUUGUCUGUCCCUGGGGAACGUGGCGGCAUCAUGUCCAGGAUCUCCGGACCGAGCGAUUCAACCGACGAAUCCUCGUCUCACGCGAAUCCUCGUCUCACGCGAAUCCAGCUGA